AGAGCAAAGUGUCUGUCAAACAUGUCAGCUCAUGUGAACAAAAAGGUGAUGACUCUGAAGAAGGUAAACAUUUUUGGUAACGCAUAUUUAUUUAAUAAUUCUCAUUAUAUAAAUUAUCUACAAAGUAUACAUAUAUAUGGUAAUAAAAUAAAGGGAAAAGUGAUUAAAAAGAAUGAGUAGAUGUGUUUUUCCCUGUGUUCAGCCAUAUUUUUUUUUUCCAAUUUUAGGGUUUAGAUUUAAGUGAUAUAGAGUAGUAAUAACUGGAGAGAGGGGUGUGGAAGUGUUGUAGGUUGUCUGGGAUUGGAGGGGAGGACUGAUUAGCCUGGCUUUAUCCCGUCUAUGCCAGAUGGUACACUAGGCUUACCUGCGGGCCUCUCUAAGCCUUGUCCCCGGCCAUGCUUUGGACACAUCCUGCUCAAACCACAAGACACUGCGGAAGAUCUAACGUGGACUUUGGAUGUGUUAGUUCUUUUGGCGAACUCAAAUGUGGGGUGUCAGCAUGACUCUUAUAGCCUCUAAAGUGGUGGCUCUGCUGCUGUUGUCAAUCCAUCUCCUGCAUGCAUCUGCCCUGCCGGCAGCAUCCUCCUAUGAGUUCAAUGCCUACAGGAUGCAGCAAUACAACUUACAUCAGGACAAACAUGGUUGCCGUGGAGCUAUUGUGGUGGCAGAGGCGCGAUCGGCUGCGGAGGCGGUUCUGACUCGCCGCUGUGUGAUCAUGAAGCUGCCUGAUUUCACCACAGAGCGCUACCUAGAGGCCAAAAAGCAGAAUGCAGCAGCGGUUUUGAUACUGCUACCCCGAAAUAUCUCUUCUGUACCAGAGGAUAUAGUGCAGGGCUUCAUGGUGGCUGAAUCUCAAGUCCUGCAGAACGAGACCCUCAUGCCUGUGUAUGUGGUCCCAGAGGAUGACCAGCUGCUCUAUAUGUAUGAAGAAGUCAGUCAGGCUGCAGCAACAAAGUCUGGUUCUGUACUAGUGAGAGUUCUCCGUAGUAUCAUCACCGCCACAGCCUUCCAAAUAUUAGUAAGCAACAACUCCCCCAUCAAGCCUAUCACUGAUACCACCAUCAUUACUUUAGAGGGAGUGCUUCCUGGAGCUGGAGAAGACCCACCCACCAUUGUAAUUACGGCCCAUUAUGACACGUUUGGUCUUGCUCCUUGGCUGGCGUAUGGUGCGGAUUCUAAUGGCAGUGGUGUCACAAUUCUUCUCGAACUGGUUCGACUUUUUCAUCACCUCUACAGUGAUCCACGAAGCCAGGCUCCAUACCACCUCUUAUUCUCCCUGACCGGUGGUGGUAAAUAUAAUUUCCUUGGCACCAAGCGUUGGCUGGAGGAAAAUAUUGACAAUGCUGAAUCCAGCCUUUUGCAAGACAAUGUGGCAUUCGUUAUAUGUCUGGACUCUCUUGGCAGCGGAGAUGAGCUUUUCCUACACGUUUCACGGCCACCUAAGCCUGGAACGCCUCAGUACAGCUUCAUUCAGCAGCUAGAGCAGAUAAUCUCUGCUAGGUUCCCCUGGGUGAGAUUUGGAACUGUCCAUAAGAAGAUCAACCUGCUGGAGACCAAUGUGGCUUGGGAGCACGAGCGCUAUGGGAUGAAACACAUCCCAGGAUUCACUCUGUCGCAUAUUGAGAACCCUAAAUCAGAGCUGAGAGGAUCUAUCCUGGACACCAUGGCACAGGUGGACAUCAGGAAGCUCAAGCGGAACGCUGUUAUUAUUGCUGAGUCCUUGGCAAGAUUCAUGUACAAUCUUUCAGACAAGGGCUCCGCUAAGGACAUGCAGGUUUUCAAGGGCAGUUUGGAUAUUCAAGACAGUCAUUUGUCUGCAUUGAUGACCAUGAUGACGUCUGUUCCCCGAGCCUUUCAGUUGCUGGACAAAGAACCAGGACACGUGCUCCUGAUCAGCAGCCUGCAGCAGGAGUUCAAACACUAUCUAAAGCAGGUCCAUAGACACACGUUCCACCAGGACAGAAGGGAUCCUGAAAUCACGUUCUUUGAUCAAAUGAGACAACCAAUGAUGAUGUACAGGGUGAAGCCUGCUGCCUUUGACCUGUUUUUGGGUGGCUGUAUAGCUGGAUACCUUGGAAUAGUCUAUUAUGCAGUCCAGAACUUUGGGAACAUCUACACAAAACUGAAAGCAACCAUGAAAGCCAAGCACCAAUAAGCUGGGUUGAACACAUCAAACGACCAAUGCACAGAGAAGUCUACAGCAUGGCCAAUGUAAUACCUGUGAGGACUGAAAAAUUUUGGAAUUCACUUCUUGAAUUUAAAGUGUUUUAUAAUUCCCUUGCUGUCUCUUCUGUUUCUGUUUGAUUUCUUUCUUUAAAUUAAAGAUCGCCCCUCUCUUUUAGAAUCAGCUACUUUGCUCAUUCUGGAAUCCUUCUGGAACUGUACUGUAUGUUUACACUUUAAUGAUAGAGGGGAAAAAGACUAAAUUAGAUGAUUACCCCAUGCAAAUAAGAUAUGUCGGGAGUAGAACGGAACUCAUGGAUAAAUUAUGAGUCACUUAAAAAGGAACCUGAUGCCAAGUAAGAGUGAGCGGAUCUGUUGAAUGCGGCACUGGGUCACCUAUAGGCUAUGUAGUGGAAUUAUGGUCACUGAACACCUAUAUGAAAGAGAAGCUUACGAACAGCAGUCGAUAAUGUUUAAGAUAAAUAUAACUGUGUUUUGUUAAAUAACAACAAAAAGUAAGUUGGAGCUUAAUGAUACACACACACAUAAUUAGGUUAUUUCUCCAUUUGAGUGUGUAUUUAAAAAGUAGACCUGGACCGAAUGUGUGGAACAUUUUUUCCCUGUUGAACUAUCUGAGUAACCUGAAAGCUGUCCUGUCCAUAAUAGGUCGCUGAAGACAUAAUUGAUUUACUUGUGUUGGCACAGACAAGGAGGAUUUUUUGUGGUGCUGACAGGGACUGUGGAUAAGUGCCAAAUGCUUGGUUAAAUGAUGGCUGUCUUGAUUAUCUCUUAUGAAUGAAGAACUCCUUUCAUUCAUACAGGAUUAGACAUUCAUUACUGUCAUCCACAAUAUUGUAGCUACAAUGACAUGAGUAGAUUCCCCUAAUUUAUCACAUUGUUAUUUUUUACUGUGGAGUCUAAUGUCAGAACAUUAGCAUUUUGAUGUUUUGGCUGUAGUGGUAUGGUUCAUUCACAGAGAAAGGGAAAUUUACUUAUGUUCAGAAAUUCUUAAAUAAAGACAAUUUAAAGAUCAACACACUACCAGACUACCAAAGAAAUUUAGCAAAGAGACAUUAAAUUGAUCAAAAGUGAAGGUAAAGGCACACAAAUUCAUAAAAAAAAUCUAAUUCAA